UUUUGAAUGUCGUUGUAGGCUCUCACGCUUGUGCUCGACUCUUUCUCUCUUGCCGCCAUGAACAUCGCUGGUCCCUCACGACCACGUUCGGUCCAUGGUCCAAGAGAUAGAGAUAACUAUGAGGAGGAUCUUACCCGUAUGAUUGCCCAACUGGAGCUUGCUGACGUGGAGAGAUUGCAGACUUUAUAUCAUAACAGAAUGCAUCGAGGAGAGAGACUUACUGACCGUGAAGUUGCUUUUGCAUUGUUGAUGCAGAACGCUCGAGAGCUUGCGGAGUUCAAUGCUGAUCGAGAACUUGCCCAGCGCCUUGCUGUUGAAGAGCCUAAUCCUACGCCUAGGUAAGGCCAUAUAUUGCGGGCGUGAUUCCCAAUGCUAACACAGAUAAGCAGGCAAGCAACCGUAGCACAGCAAGCCCAACCCACCAUGAGAAACACGACAGCACAAACACAAACAUGGGGCCAGUGGUUUGCCUCAUUUUUUUCGGCACCCGCAUCGGGUGGUCGAACCCCCCUACCGGCAAAUCCAGGUCAAGCGCCUACCACUGCAGCUAGGCCAGCUCCUCCUCGCCCUCGGGCCACUGGCCACGAUUGUGUGAUCUGCCAGGACCCCAUAUUCGGAGCAGAAGUUCGGGCACCAUGUGGCCAUUUUUAUGAUAUCGGCUGCAUCACCGACCUAUUCCAAUCAGCAACACGGGACGAGAGCCUGUAUCCUCCUCGAUGUUGUCGCCAGAACAUUACACUCCCGCAAGUUCGGCCUCACUUGACACAGGAAGUCCUGGCUGAGUUUACCCUCAAAGCUCAAGAAUUUGGGACCAUGAAGCGUGUUUAUUGUGUUGCACCAACGUGCAGCCGUUUCCUCGGGCCAUUAUAUGAGGGGUUUCUCACCAAGGUCUUUACAUGCCCGUCCCCUACGUGUACGAUGAUGACAUGUGGAAAAUGUCGUGGUAGAUACGAAGGGUUCACCCACCGCUGCACUCCUGAUGCAGAGACUGAGCAAGUACUGACACUCAGCCGUGCCUCGGGGUGGGCACGUUGUCCAGGCUGUGCUCAGAUGAUCGAGCUUAACAUGGGAUGUUUCCACAUGACCUGCCGAUGCAGGACAGAGUUCUGCUAUCUGUGCAAAGCACUCUGGAAGAGCUGCAGGUGCCCGCAGUGGGACGAGGCUAGGCUGCUUGCUGCUGCAGAACGUCGCGUGGAUGCUCAGCUGCCGCCCGCACGUCACGCCCACGCCGUCAAUCCUCCCCAACAGGCACCUGCAGCGCGCCAACCAGUGCCAGCUGCUGGCGCUGCUAGGAAUCAGCCUAUUAAUAUACUCAGACCAGCACCUGCUGCAGCGCCCAGACCAGCGCCAGUUGUCAAUGUUCGCCCUGUAGACCCUCCUCAACAGGUUCCUGUGGCAGCGCCCAGACCAGCGCCCGUUGUCAAUGUCUGGCCUAUGGCUCGCCGUGCUGAGGCACCUGUCCCAGUACCUCCUCCUGUUCCACCCCGUACUACGACUCUCCGUCGCGAGGCACCACCUGUUCCACCCCGUACUACGACUCUCCGUCGCGAGGCACCACCUGUUCCACCCCGUACCACGACUCUCCGUCACGAGGCACCAGCACCUCUCCCAGAACCCCCUUCCCAGACUCGGAGGACUCGCCGUGCUGAGGCGAAUGCUCGCGUCUCAGCGUGGUUCACAGAAGUGCCACAGCUACAGCCCGCAUUAACUGCCGUAACGCCGGGCUCGGAUAGGAACGCUGUCAGACAGCGUAUGAUCAGGGAGACCAUGGAGCGUCUCAGAGUGGACCAUGACUGUGACCACACAAGCUGGAAAUACCGGCGCGGUGGCGGACGUUGCGAGAGCUGUGAGAUGUAUCUCCCACUGUACCUCUUCCGUUGUGGAGGGUGUCAAAUGCACGCUUGUAACAGGUGUCGCCGAAACCGUCUGUGAAAAUGACCGAAUCCAGAUUCUUGAUGCUUUGCUGAUAACUUGCAAGUGGACUUCUGUGUAAAUUAUACUUCGACCCUGGACCAGCUCGCUCUCAGGCACCACAAUGCAUUGUAUACUUAGACUCUAGGUACGACUGUUUUUCUUAGUUUGUGGUCCAAGGGAGAUCAUGUACAAUUACAUAUUGGCUGGUAGCCAAAUUUAAAUAUCAGUGUUGGGCCGUCUUGGACCCAGGCUGAUUAAACGUAUCGGGAGUGGCGGAGCAUCGUGCCCGCAGUCGUAAUAUUAAUGAUAGUCGCAAAGGUAGUGCUUAACUACUGUGAUUCGUA